UUCUUUAUCAUUUCCCUGUCUGUCCCCUUUGGUUUCGCUAGUGUUUGUUUCUGCUUUCUUUAUCAUUUCUCGCCUCCUUCGCUUUUCUUUCUUAAUACUCCUACUUAGCUCUCUCAAGUCUCGAGUUCAAACCAAGCAAAACCCAAAACCACAAAAACCCAACUUAUACUACAACUAGACAUACAAAGAUAGAUACAGUACUGAGAGAGAGAGAGAGAGAGAGAGAGAACACAAAACCCCAAAACCCCAAAACCAAAUGCCACAAACCCGAGACGAAAGUUUUGGAAAUUGAGGCAAAUGUCUAUCCCCGUCUCGAGGCAUUCCCUCUUCCCCUUCCCAACACCACCUAAAUCAAAAAACAAACCCAAAACCACCUCUUCUUCUUCUUCUUCAUUCCUUUGCUUCACACUGUUCUACUUCUUCACCCUUCUCUCCUCCUCCACCGCCGCCAACCACGAGGCUUCGACGUUGUUCGCAUGGCUGAACACCUCGUCUCCGCCGUUCUCGAACUGGAACAUCCAGGAUCCCAACCCAUGCAACUGGACCUUCAUCAAAUGCAACCCACAGAACUUCGUGACCGAAAUCUCCAUCCAGUCAAUCCCGCUCGAACGCCCUUUGCCCUCGAACCUCUCUUCAUUUCCUUACCUCGCCAAACUCACCAUCUCCGGCGCGAAUCUCACCGGACCAAUCUCCGACGAUCUAGGAAGCUGCAGCUCGCUCACCUUGCUCGACCUCAGCUCGAACAGCCUGGUGGGACCCAUCCCCGCGUCCAUCGGAAACCUUGAACUGCUCCAAGACUUGAUCUUGAACUCCAACCAACUCACUGGAAACAUCCCAGUUGAGUUAACCCAGUGCCGAGGCCUGCAAAACCUUUUACUGUUCGAUAACCAACUUGCCGGCUCACUCCCUGUUGAACUCGGGUUGCUGUCGAGUCUAGAAGUCCUCCGUGCGGGCGGUAACAAAGACAUCAUUGGAGAAAUCCCGGAGGAAAUCGGAAACUGCGGCAACUUGACGGUUCUUGGCUUGGCUGACACCCGAGUUUCCGGGUCGAUUCCCAACUCACUGGGUCGACUCGGUAAGCUUCAGACUCUAUCCGUUUACACCACAAUGUUGUCCGGUGAAAUCCCAGCGGAAAUCGGUAACUGCUCUGAGCUUGUCAACUUGUACUUGUACGAGAACAGUCUCUCGGGUUCGAUACCGAACUCACUGGGCCGACUCAGUAAGCUAGAACAGUUGUUCCUAUGGCAGAAUAACUUGGCGGGAGAAAUCCCUGUAGAGAUUGGGAACUGUAGUAAUUUGAAACUCAUCGAUCUUUCUUUGAAUUCCUUAUCUGGGUCUAUUCCUCUGUCUUUUGGUGGCUUGUUUCAGCUCCAAGAGCUGAUGCUUAGUAACAACAACGUGUCCGGUUCGAUCCCUUCGGUCCUCGCGAACGCGUCGAGUUUAGCCCAGUUGCAACUGGAUACUAACCAGUUCUCUGGUUUGAUGCCAUCUGAGUUGGGUUUUUUGAAAAAUCUGGAAGUGUUCUUUGCAUGGGAAAACCAACUUGAGGGUAGCAUACCUUCUAGCUUGGCAAACUGUGGAAACCUCCAGUCACUAGAUUUGUCACAUAAUUCCUUAACGGGGAUUAUUCCUCCUGGUUUGUUUCAGCUCAGGAAUUUGACAAAGCUUUUGUUGAUUUCCAAUGACAUCUCGGGUACUAUCCCCGAAGAUAUCGGGAAUUGUACCUCUCUGGUGAGGCUCCGAUUGGGCAGCAAUCGGAUCACGGGUCAAAUCCCUGCAGGGAUCGGGGGAUUGAAGGGACUGAACUUUCUUGAUUUGUCCGGAAAUGGCCUUUCAGGGCCGGUUCCGGAUGAGAUUGGGAAUUGCACGGAGUUGCAAAUGGUGGACUUGAGUAAUAGCAAAUUGGAAGGUCCCCUGCCUAAUUCACUGUCAUCUCUUUCUGGGAUACAAGUCCUGGAUUUUUCGAGUAAUCGGUUCGUGGGUCAGAUCCCGGCUAGUUUUGGGCGUCUUGUUUCUUUGAAUGAGCUCAUUUUGAGCGGGAACUCGUUCACCGGGAUGAUUCCUACGUCGCUUGGGCUUUGUUCUAGCCUCCAGUUGCUUGAUUUAAGCAGCAAUGAAAUCACUGGAAAUAUCCCAGUUGAGAUUUGUCAAAUUGAGGCACUUGAAAUUGCUCUGAACCUAAGUUGCAAUGGCCUGACUGGGGAAAUACCAACCGAAAUAUCAUCACUCAACAAGCUUUCCAUUCUAGACCUUUCCCACAACCAACUUGAGGGGGAUUUGAGUCCCCUUGCCGGGCUUGAAAACCUAGUCUCCCUCAACGUUUCGUACAACAAUUUCACCGGUUAUCUACCCGACAACAAGCUGUUUCGACAACUACCCGCUUCUGAUUUGGCUGGAAACCAAGGUCUAUGCUCCUUUGGGCUAGAUUCGUGCUUCAUCAGUGGGACUGGAAUGGUGAGAAAUGAAAAUGGAGAAAAGAGGUCUAGGAGGAUCAAGCUAGCACUUGCAUUGCUAAUCACUAUGACUAUUGCAAUCGUGGUGAUGGGAACAAUUGCAGUGAUUCGAGCACGAAAGACUAUCGGUAGUGAUGAUGAUUCGGAGAUGGGAGACUCGUGGCCGUGGAAAUUCACUCCGUUUCAGAAACUAAAUUUCUCUGUAGACCAAGUUUUGAAAUGUUUAGUCGAUUCUAACGUUAUUGGAAAAGGCUGUUCGGGUGUGGUCUAUCGCGCCGACAUGGAAAAUGGUGAUGUGAUCGCCGUUAAGAAGCUUUGGCCUACGACAACAAUGCCAGCAACUGGCAGUUGUACUGACGAAAAGUGCGGGGUGCGGGAUUCGUUUUCAGCAGAGGUGAAGACCCUAGGCUCGAUCCGCCAUAAGAACAUCGUUAGGUUCUUGGGUUGUUGUUGGAAUCGAAACACAAGGUUGCUAAUGUAUGAUUACAUGCCUAAUGGGAGCUUAGGGAGUCUCCUGCAUGAGAGAAAUGGGACCCCUUUGGAGUGGGAAUUGAGGUAUCAGAUUGUGUUGGGGGCAGCGCAAGGGCUUGCUUAUUUGCACCAUGAUUGUGCGCCUCCAAUUGUUCAUAGGGACAUUAAGGCCAAUAAUAUCCUCAUUGGUCUUGAGUUUGAGCCUUACAUUGCAGAUUUCGGACUAGCAAAGCUCGUCGAUGAUGGUGAUUUUGCCCGGUCAUCUAAUACAGUAGCCGGUUCCUAUGGAUAUAUUGCUCCCGAAUACGGCUACAGCUUGAAGAUAACAGAGAAGAGCGAUGUUUAUAGCUACGGUGUGGUUGUAUUAGAAGUGUUAACGGGUAAGCAACCAAUCGAUCCAACAAUUCCAGAGGGCCUCCAUGUGGUGGAUUGGGUUAGACAGAAGAAGGGAGCCAUUGAAGUACUGGCUCCGAGUUUAUUGUGUAGGCCCGAAUCCGAAAUCGAGGAAAUGAUGCAAGCACUAGGCAUUGCUUUGUUAUGUGUUAAUUCCUCCCCCAACGAAAGGCCUACCAUGAAAGAUGUCGAGGCAAUGCUCAAAGAAAUCAAACACGAGAGAGAAGAGUAUGCAAAGGUUGAUGUGCUGCUCAAAGGCUCUCAGGCAACCGCUGACGGCCAACAAAAUAAGAAGUCCGGUGGAGUUCCGGCAACGUCCUCAUCAAGAAAGGCACUGCAGAGCUUGUACCCACAGAGCAAUAACACAAGCUUCUCAGGGUCCUCAUUGUUUUACUCAACCUCCUCUAAAAUGAGUUUCAAGUGAUGUAUUUUGUGACAUGACUAUAGCUAAGCGUUUGAAGGAGUUCGUUUGUCAUUUUAUCAGUUUCAAACUUGUUUGUUUUUUUGGGUUUUUGAUUUGAUGUAAAGAAGAAGAUAAGGUUUGAGAUUUGGUCCCACUUGAUGGAGAAGAACAAAAGAAAGCCAACCUAUGCAAUUUUGGCUUUUGGAGUGUUUUGUUAUAAGAAACUGUUUUACUGUUUCGGGUCU